AUAGGCCUUAGCCAGCCUUUGAGGAAGAAAUCUAUCUAUGAAAUUAUUUAAGUUUAGUACAAUAUCCAGAAAACAUUGGAUAAAAGCAAAUUAACGACGUGCAUGGAAGCGAUGCUUACCACUGAAAGUGAAAAGUGCCGCAGACAAUCCAGAAAACCAAAGUGCUCCAAGUGCAAAAAUCACGGAGUGGUUUCGUGCAUCAAAGGACACAAGCGUUUCUGCCGCUGGAAAGAAUGUCAAUGUCACAGCUGCCUUUUCGUGGUGGAGAGACAGAAAAUAAUGGCAUCCCAAGUGGCGCUUCGGAGGCAUGAAUCAUCUGCUUCUAAAGGAGACUCAAAGCAUGAUGCUGAAUAUUUGCUUGAACAGAAGAAAAAAUAUCAAAGACAGCUCCGAUUGCUCAACAGACAAGUAAACUUCAAGCAUUCAUUGGGAAGGCACAAUGUACAGUCAUCCAGCCAUCCUCAAUCACUGCUGCUUCUGAAAGCCUGCGAUCGCCUCCGCAAAAGAAGAUGCUUCGCCGACAAAGAACUGGACGCAUUGUUGUCACCACUGCAUAAUUUCCAGAAGCAAAUAUCGUCCUCAUUCGAAGCCAUGCCACUGCCAUUUACGUUUCCAGUGCAACCAAUCUCAGUUCGAAGCCAGCCGUUGGAUUGUUGCAUGAAAAAACAACUUCUGUUAAAUGAACAUACUGAUAGCUUUUACAAUGUGAUACCCCAAAUCGCUUCAUCUGCGAAGAAUUCGUUAAAAGCAAGUGAUUUUUCUGUACUAAAUGUAAGCAAGGCGAAUAAGUCCGAAAAUGCGAACAAGAGCUUAUCGUUUUCUGUGGAAUCCAUCAUCGGCAAAAAGUAGCGAUACAAACUAUUGCGGCUCUGAUUUUUAAACCAACAGAUGAUAAAAGUUUUGGGCAAACGGAAUUGAGGCAUCAGAAUGAAUUAGAAUUUUCGGUUGUCAAAACUAAAAUAAAUAAAUUAAGCUUCUGAUUAAUUCAUAUCAGUUUUUGUCCUUUUAACAGUGAUGACCUUUCAAGU